GAAGGGAAAGAAUAGAUAGAGGGAGAGAGGGAAAACGUGAUGGGAAAGUGAAAGGGGGAAUGGGAGAGCAAAACUGGAAGGGGAGUACAGAAAGAAUGUGAAAGGAACGAGAAAGUGAAAGGGGAUCGUAAGGGCAAAGUGAGAGCAAUAUGGGGUUAGAAGGCAGAGGAAUGCGGAGCUUGAAACUGGGUAAGUGAAUAAGGGGGUAACAGGAAGGUGGAUGCGCUAAGGGGUGAGGGAAUGAAGAGAUGAGGGGCAGGAGUGGCUGAGUGAAGUUGAGAAAUAGGGUGAAAGAAGUGUCAGGAGAGGGAUCCAGAAACAUUUUCAGGGAAACUGGGGAAACAGACAGGGAGUGAAGUGGGAAACUGGGAGACAGACGGAGCAGAGUGGGAGACUAGGGAGACGGACAGGGAGUGGAAAGGGAUAGUAAGAGACACUGGCUGACAGGAUGGGCUGAUAUGGGAAAUAUGAACGGGAGAAGUUGAGGAACUGAAGUAGAGAGCCUGAGGAAUGGUAUCCAUGAGGCAAACGGGCUGACUGAACCUGAGGCUAAUAGGGAGGUCAGUAGAAAAAGGGAAACAGCCAGAUGAAGACACUGAUCAGCAAUGUUUAGGUUAAUCCACACUAAGCCGAUGAAGGAGCCCGAGGAUGGCACCGUCGUGGCACAAGAGGAGGCUGUGGAGUGACAUGUCGAAAAGGGAAUGGGAGUUAAAACGUUUGGACACCAGGAAUUUCCACUUUUGUUGGAUGGAGCAGAGGUGCUCAAUGGGUUUUUACGCCGAGUCUCACCAAUGCAGCGGGGGCCUCAUCGGGGGCACUGGACACAAUGGACAACCCCAGCAGAAUCACAGGACUGAGCAAGUUUAGUGGGGUGAAUACUAUUGCCGAGGCAGUGAACAGCAGCAAAGGUCUGGCAGCUCUGAGCUCUCUGCCAGAAUCUGUCUCAAACACGGAGCUGGAUGGCUUUAUCCAACUGCAAGUACAAUAUGGAGCAGGAACGCAUCUCAGAGACAGGUUUUGUGAUGAGCCAGGCUGGCCAGACAGAGCAUAUGUCAGUCCACAGUGCUGUGUGCCAUGGACCACCAGACCUCUGCUACCUACCAGAAUCACUGGACAACACCUCUCUCAUCAGCCAGCAGCAAGGCGACACUCCGCUGCUGGCAGUGGAGAUGCCGCAGCACCUUCUGCACUCUGUUCCGAAAUCCGGGUACGAGGCCAAACCCUUGGCUGCUCAUGGCCUUGAGCAGGUGGGACACCGUGAGCUACUACAUUACCAGUCUCCAGCACAACGUGACUACUGUCCUCCUCCUACUUCGCGGCAGCAGUAUGUUGGUUGCACCGGGCGCAUCACGUCAUCUGUUCCCUACCCCUACCAGAGGAUUGCACCUCACAUUAACCAGGAUCCGCACCAUCUGCUAUACCCGAAGCCCAUUUACUCUUACAGCAUUCUGAUCUUCAUGGCCCUGAAGAACAGCAAAACAGGGAGCCUGCCUGUCAGUGAGAUCUACAACUUCAUGACAGAGCACUUUCCUUAUUUCAAGACGGCACCAGAUGGCUGGAAGAACUCGGUAAGACACAAUCUCUCGCUCAACAAGUGCUUUGAGAAGGUUGAGAACAAAUUUGGGGGCAAUUCUCGGAAGGGCUGUUUGUGGGCUCUCAACCCCAGCAAGAUGCACAAGAUGCAGGAGGAGCUUCAGAAAUGGAGGCGGAAGGAUCCGGCUGCCGUUAGGAAGAGCAUGGCCAAGCCAGAUCAACUGGACAAACUGAUUGGAGAAAAAAGUGAUAAAACCAGGCCUUCAGUAUCAGUGCCAGACUGUGCUCACCUAGAGACAGUGCUGCCUGGCCGGGACACGUCCCAUUCUAGUCUGGGCCAUGUUGAACCUCAGUUCUUGCUAGCCCCAGCUCGGCUCCCCCCACACAGUGCAGACAGAACUCACAUGAACACCAGUGCAGACCCCUCUGAAAGCCACAGCCUACCUCAGGUUCAACAGCCCAAGCGGAGCAGAGCCCAUGCUGACUGCGUACUCGAACCAUCGCCAUCAGUGCACUGUCCACUUCUCCACAACGUUUCAGACGUCACCAGCCUCCUGCACGUGGAGCAACCCAAAGACAAGAGUGCAGAGCACAUCCCCCCGGAAUCAGAUCCCAGCACAGACAUCGACGGCCUAAAUCCCAGUCUCGUGGACUUUGAACUUCAAGGUAAUCUGUGGGAGGUGCUGAGGGAUGAGAAUUUAACCCUCGACCCGCUCUUCUCGGUGGUUCCCUUCUGGACAGACGUGGCCGGAGUCACUCGUGAUUGGGGGAUCAUCAGUGGCCCGGCCGAGCCCCAGCCGCCGGACUGUCCCGGAUCAGGCACCAAGCCCUGCUCCCAUCCUGACUCCUCCCCAGUGACGCUGGUAUAAGAGCCGGCUGACACCAGCCUGUCGAAUAAAAUCACCUCCAAAUGGUGAGCGACACCGCAAGCGCCGUCAAAGUUGCAAAAUACUAUCACACACGGAUGGCCGUGGGACAGAAUCGUGGUUUUAACCAAUCACAAGGCUCAAACGCAGCCUAUCAUGGUUCAGGACAUUGACCCUACAGUCAGUUAUAGUCAAUAAUACUGUUUGGAAUUAGCCAAUCAUGAUUGGCAAGUUCCUUGUAGCCAAUCGCAGGAGCAUCUGAGAGGGGUUCGCAACAUUUAUGCAAAAUGUUUUUAAAUGUAUUUCCGUUCCAUUCCCAGUUGCUGGUAGAGAGCAGACAUAGAGCUCUAUGGGCCCAUUACUCCAGCAUCACCUCUGGAUGUGAUAUUCUUAUUAUAUAUUUCAAAGUAAUAUGCCAUUUCCGCCCAAUUACCACCCAAAAAAAUCUGUACGUCUUCGGAAUACGGGAGGAAAUCGGAGGAAACUCACGCAGUCACGGGGAGAACGUUCAAAUUUCUUACAGACGAUGGUGGGAACUGAACCCGCGUCGCUGGCACUGCAAGGUUAAUUGCUACGCUAUAGUCUCGCUCUAUAUGUUCCCAUCCUGAGAAUGAGUGAGGGCUGAGGUGGACGGCAUGAAUCUCUAGAUCAGAGAAGUACAGCACAGAAGCAGGCCUUUCGGUCCAUCUAGUCCAUGCGGAAACCAUUUAAUCUGUCCAUUCCCAUAGCCCUCCAUACCCUUACUAUCCAUGUACUUACCACUAAGUGCAAACGUUAACUCCUCCAAGACUACUCUGCAUUCAUAAUGUCACAACUGAUCUUCCAGUCCCAGAGCUGGUUCCUGCUCUCUUCACGUUACCCAAUCCCUUGAGCCCUAAACCCUAGAAUAGUCAAAGUACACCAAUGAGGUCUUCUGGCCUGUCUAGUCACUGGUUGCCUAGUCCCACCUACCUGCACCUGGACCAUAACUCACCAUCUAAAUUUCUCUUAAACGUUGCAGUUGAACCUACAUCCACCAUUUCUGCUGGCAGAUUGUUCCACAGCUACACCACCUUGAGCUAAGUAGUUCCCCUGAAAUAUUUCUCCUUUCACCUUAAACCCAUGACCUCUUUAGGCUCCCACACUAAGGGGAGCAUUUACCUUGCAUUUACCCGAUCUAAACCCCUCAUAUACGUUUAUCAAAUCUCCCCUCAUUUAUUUAUGUUCUAACCUAUUCAACCUUUGCUCAUAACUCUGGUGUUAAAUUUCAGCAACCUCCUUGCAAAUUUUCUCAGCUCUUUUUCAAGCUUUAUUCAGUAUUGUGUUCAGUUCUGAUUACCUCAUUCCAGGAAGGAUGUGGAAGUUUUAGAGAGGAUGCAGAGAAGAUUUACCAGGAUUAGAGAACAUGUCUUGUUUGAGUGAACUGGGGCUUUUCCAUUUGAAAGAGGAUGAGAGAUGACUUAAUAGAUCCAUAGAAGACGAUAAGAGAAAUAGAUUGAGUAGACAGCCAGAAACGUUUUCCUAGGGUGGGAGAACCCUGUACAUUGGAUAUUUGAUGGUCUAUUUUAUGGGUUCUUUGUUAUGUGGCUGCCUGUAAGAGAACAAGGUUGCAUAAUGUAUACAUACUUUGACAAUAAAUAACUUUGAACUUGA